GGUUUUAGCAAAGAAGGACAAGCUAUAAAGUGUAGUGUAGAACCAGUAAUCAUUGGGGGUAUGGUGUUAGAUGUAAAUGCCACAUCUUCCAUGCAUUCUAAUCCAAGGACCACCACUCCUGGAAAGGUUUUGUGAGAAAAUUUCUGGGAAGAAAACUCAAUAAGACAGCCCGGUACUUCAAUUUCGUCCAAUUUGAGCCCUCGCCUAUUUUUUAAGUGUUGUGUGUGAAAACCAACACCACCACGAGGUGAGAAACACCCAGGCGAGCAAACCCCAGUGCUCGAAUCUUAUCUCCAGCUAUCCACGUGCCGCCACGCACUGCCGGAACUUUCAGAUCUGUGCCUCACGCGCUUCACGCGUCGAUGCGUGCGGUUUAUUCCGGCCAAGUUUUUUUUUCCAGCUAGGUCGCCACUUCAUUACAAGGCUGUUCGAAUGUUUUUUUCUUGAUUCCGACAAGUCUUUCAAGAUUCGAUCACCGGAACCUAAAUUCCGGCGACUUUUUUGGCAGUUUCUUUUUUUAUUAGCCUCGCUUGUUCAUUUCGAGGCUGCUUAUAUGAUUAUUUUCUGAUUCCGAGCAACUUUCGAACAUCAGAUCUUAUAUCCGGGGACUUUCCUUUUUUGGGGCCAAAUUCCAACAAUAUUUCUUUUUCAUGAUUAAAUCUGAGGAGAUCAGAAACUCAGAUGUCAGAGCUUAUGAAGAAUCAACGAAGGGAAGGUCGAAGAUCUCGACCUAGGUGUAGUUAUUGUAAAAGGUUUGGACAUACUCGUGAUGUAUGUUAUUCUCGACCUAAGUGUAGUUAUUGUAAAAGGCUUGGACAUACUCGUGGAAUAUGCUAUUCUUUGCAUGGUCGACCAUCCAAAAAUGCUCAUAUUGCUCAGUCUAACACCACAGGUGAUUAACGUGUAUAUUUAUCUGACAAGGAAUAUAAUGAGUAUCUUCAGUAUCAAGCAAGUAAGCAUAUAUUUCUACCAAUAGCCUCAACUGCAAAAUCUCCUACCUUUGGAUCAUGGGUUGUGGACUUGGGUGCUUCUGACCAUAUUUCUGGUGACAAAUCACUUCUGUCUGAUAUUGUUUAUUUACAAUCUCUUCCUGCUAUUACUUUAGCUAAUGGAAUUCGAACAGAGCCAAAAGGAGUUGGACAAGCCAAACCCUUAUCUUCUGUCACUCUAGACUCUGUUUUCUAUGUCCCUGAUUGUCCUUUUAAUCUUGCAUCUGUUAGUCGUUUGACAUGUUUCCUUAAUUGUAGUAUAACUUUUUUUGAUGAUUCUUUUAUAAUGCAGGAUCGCAAAACGGGAUAGACAAUUGACAUAGGACAUGAAUCACAGGGCCUUUACCAUCUUACCUUUUCAAAUUCCUUCACAGCAUGCUCCGCUACAGAUCCUCCCGACCUUAUUCACAAACUUUUGGGACAUCCUAGUCUAUUUAAGCUACAAAAGAUGGUGCCUAGUUUGUCUAGUCUAUCCACUUUAGAUUGUGAGUCGUGUCAACUUGGGAAACACACCCGUGCUACUUUUUCACGUAGUAUUGGGAGUCGCUCAGAGUCUAUUUUCUCAUUAUUUCAUUCCGAUAUUUGGAGUCCUAGUAGAGUCAGUUCAUCCUUAGGAUUUCGUUACUUUGUUACUUUCAUCAAUGAUUCUUUUCAACAUGUACUUGGGUUUAUUUAAUGAAAGACCGUUCCGAGUUAUUCUCUAUAUUCAAAAGUUUUUAUGCUGAAAUACAAAAUCAAUUUGGUGUUUCUAUUCGUGCUUUUCGUAGUGAUAAUGCCUUAGAAUACUUAUUCUCCUAGUUUCAGGAGUUCAUGACUCAUUAAGGAAUCAUUCACCAAACAUCAUGUCCAUACACCCCUCAACAGAACGGUAUAGCAGAAAGGAAAAAUAGGCAUCUCAUUGAGACUGCUCGCACUCUUCUCAUUGAAUCCCAUGUUCCACUGCGUUUUUGGGGCGAUGCGGUCCUCGCAUCUUGCUAUCUCAUUAACAGAAUGCCAUCAUCUUCGAUCCAGAAUAAGAUUCCCCAUUCCAUUCUAUUUCCUCAGUCACAUCUCUACUCUAUUCCCCUUUGUGUUUUUGGGAGCACAUGUUUUUUUCAUAACUUAGCCCCAGGAAAAGAUAAAUUAGCCUUUCGUGCUCUCAAAUGUGUCUUCCUUGGUUACUCUCGAGUUUAAAAAGGGUAUCGAUGCUAUUCACUUGAUCUGGGUCGCUACCUUAUGUUCGCUGAUGUCACAUUCUUUGAAUCUCAACCUUUUUAUACAUCUUCUGAUCAUUUUAAUAUCUAUGAGGUUUUACCCAUACCUCCAGUCUUACCCACACCAAUCUUUGAGGAAUCUACGGUUACUUCUCCAUCUCCAGCUACAGUGCCACCACUUUUGACUUAUCACUGCCGCCCACGUCCAGUAUCAGUCCCAGAUGAUUCAUGUCCUGCGCCUGACGCGUUCCCUUCUGCGGACCUGCCUCUUCCUAGUCAAUUAGUUGUACUUUAAAAGGUAUAAGAUCCACUCGUAAUGCUAACCCAUAUUAUACUUUCUUGAGUUAUCAUCGUUUGUCAUCACCCCAUUAUGCUUUUGUAUCAUCUUUGUCCUCUAUUUCCAUUCCUAAGACUACUGGUGAAAUACUUUCCCAUUCAGGAUGGAAACAGGCUAUGAUUGAUGAGAUGUCUGCUUUACAUACAAGUGGUACUUGGGAGCUUGUUUCCCUUCCUGCAGGUAAAUCUACUGUUGGUUGUCAUUGGGUUUGUACAGUCAAAGUCAAAGUUGGUCCAGAUGGUCAGGUUGAUCGACUGAAGGCUCGCCUUGUUGCCAAAUGAUAUACAUAGAUAUUUGGGCUUGAUUAUAGUGACACUUUCUCUCCCGUGACUAAAAUAACAUUUGUUCGUCUUUUUCUCUCUAUGGCUGCCGUUCGUCAUUGGCCUCUUUAUCAGUUAGACAUUAAAAAUGUUUUUCUGCAUGGUGAUCUUGAGGAAGAAGUUUAUAUGGAGCAACCACUUGGUUUUGUUGCUCAGGGGGAGUCUAGUAGCCUUGUAUGUCGAUUGCGCAAGUCACUCUAUGGUUUGAAACAAUCUCCUUGAGCCUGGUUCGGAAAGUUUAGCACAGUUAUUCAGGAGUUUGGCAUGAUUCGAAGUGGAGCUGAUCAUUCAGUGUUUUAUCGCCAUUCUGAACCAAAUCUGUGUAUUUAUUUGGUGGUUUAUGUUGACGAUAUUGUUAUCACCGGCAAUGAUCAAGAUGGUAUCACUAACUUGAAGCAACAUCUCUUUCAACAUUUCCAGACUAAAGACCUAGGCAGAUUGAAAUACCUUCUAGGUGUUGAGGUUGCUCAGUCCAUCUCAUGUAUUGUUAUUUCUCAACGCAAGUAUGCUUUAGACAUUCUUGAGGAAACAGGAAUGAUGGGAUGUCGACCCAUUGACACUCCUAUGGAUCCAAAUGCUAAACUUCUGUCAGGACAGGGGGAGCCACUCAGUGAUCCUGAAAGGUAUAGGCGGCUGGUUGGAAAGUUGAAUUAUCUCACAGUGACUAGACCUGACAUCUCUUUUCCUGUGAGUGUUGUAAGUCAGUUUAUGACUCCCCCUGCGAUAGUUAUUGGGAUGCAGUUGUUCGGAUUUUGCGAUAUAUAAAGUCAUCUCCAGGUAAAGAACUACUCUUCGAGGAUCGAGGCCAUGAACAUAUCAUUGGAUAUACAGAUGCUGAUUGGAUAGGAUCACCCUCUGAUAGACGUUCUACAUCUGGAUAUUGUGUUUUAGUAGGAGGUAAUUUGGUGUCCUGACAAAGUGUGGUUGCUCGAUCUAGUGCCGAAGCAGAAUAUCGAGCCAUGGCUGCAACAACUUGCGAGCUAGUUUGGAUCAAGCAAUUGCUGAGAGAAUUAAAAUUUGGAGAAACUGGUUAGAUGGAACUUAUAUGUGAUAAUCAGGUAGCCCUUCAUAUUGCAUCUAAUCCAGUGUUCCAUGAGAGGACCAAGCACAUAGAGAUUGAUUGUCACUUUGUCAGAGAAAAGAUACUCUCGGGAGAUAUUGUUACAAAAUUUGUGAAGUCGAGUGAUCAACUUGCAGAUAUCUUCACUAAGUCCCUCACCCGUCCUCGUAUUAAUUACAUUUGUAACAAACUUGGUACAUAUGACUUGUAUGCACCAGCUUGAGGGGAAGUGUUAGAAUAUGAAUAGGAAUAACAUAUUGAAUUCUACUUAAAAAGGGAUUGUAAUGUAGUGUCCUAUUAGGAAUAGGAUUGGAAUGUAGUGUCUAUAAAUAGGGUCUCAAUGUAAUAAUUUAGAUACAACAAUUCAAUAAUAUUUUCUCUCAUAUUUUUCACAGUAUCUUUUUGUCAUUAUAUAAUGCGAAGAGAAGUAGUGUACAUGGCAGAGCUAGUGUAAAAAGACAAGAUAAAUGAUAAAAUAGGAUUAUUAAAUAAUAAGUAAAGAUAGAGAAAAAUAUAAGGUAAUGACGAGAUCACACCAAAAAUCGUUCGUUGCACAAAAUUGGACCUUUUGUUGUUACCUAACGAUGGUUUUAAUGAUAGGAUAUAAUAAAGUUUAAGUAAAAAUCGAAACAAACAUUAUAUUUAAGCUAACAACACAAUAUAAUAGGUAACAACCAUCCAAUCAAGCUGUAAGUUUAAUGCUUGAUACUCAAAUUUUCAACAAUAUAUCAAUCUUGUCCAAUAAUUGUACUUUAGUGUGUGAAAUUUGGUUAGCUUUGGAUAAUUGCAGCAUGUGCCUCGUCACGGCUGCUGAAGCACCAGGGCCUAGGCUACAUAGUUUUGGUUUUACAGAUGAUGUGCCUCGUCACGGCUGCUGAAGCACCAGGGCCUAGGCUACAUAGUUUUGGUUUUACAGAUGAAAGGUCAAUAUAUCAAUUCGAGAAUUGUAACAACGUUAAGAUAAUUGAAAAAAAAAAACAGAAUACACAAUGGAGCGACAGACAUUUCAUACAUAUAGUGCAAAAGGAAAGGCUUUUUAUUUCUUCCUAUCACAAAUCAAAGUAGUCCUUGUUUUGUGAUAGAAUUACUUAAUGAUAGUCAUAUUCUCGCUAGGUUAAUUACUUGAAAUCUCUCCCUCUAGCUUAAAGAAACUAGAUGAACCAUCGCUUUUGUUUCAAUGAACUAUUGAGGAACUUAAAUUCGUAAAUAUGGAAGGACGAUGCAGCACAAAUGUUCAUGAGAAAUUUUCUUAAAAAGCCUUUGAAACAUCAAUGAAAAAUAAAAAAAGCCCAAAAGUCAUUUGCACCAAUCUAGAGCUUUUGUGCUGCUGCUGCCCCUUGCUUAGUUAGAAAGAUAGAUCUUUUACAAGGCCAUUUUCAAUAAGGCUUGUCGUUGGCGCUCGCUUUUUAUGGUGGAGCCAUAUGGUAUCUUGUAGUUAAUGGAUGAAUUCUUAAAUCUUGCUUGAUUUAGGAAGGUAUGUGUUAAGAGAUUGUUUAAGAAUUUCAUUUGCUAUACAUUCGACUUGCUUGCAAUAUUUAAUGGUUUGCUCCAAAGUCCAUAUUGAAGUCCACUCGUAUUUCCUCUAUAACUCUGGAUGCGGGGAAGACAAUGAGUCCAUACAAGGACUACUGAGUCAUCCAUCAGUGAUGUCCAGAUCACAUUGCAUGCAGCUCAAUCAUUCUAUCGCGUACCUUGGAUCUCACACCAGCACAAAGGUUCAGGCAGAUUGAAAGAAAUCACCUUGCAUUUUUGUUCUAUGUUGAGAUUUGAACCCUGAUCUCCAAGGUUAUCUUUUCAUUGGGUGGUGUGGCUAGGAACGUUGCUGACUGCAUCUCGAAGCUUGAAGCAAGACCAUUUAUGAUAAGCGCUGUUGGAUUUGACUUACCAGGAAAUAUGCUACUGGAACACUGGGAAUCUGCUGGAUUAUCUAUAGAGGGUAUCCAGAGACAUCAGGAUAUUGAAACUGCUGUUGUUUGUCAUAUCUAUGAUGAAAAAGGUGAAGUGGCAGCUGGUGUAGCUCAUGUAGAAUCAAUUGAAAAAUUUCUCACUCCAAGGUGGAUAGAAAAGUUCAAGUGCAAUAUAAGCUCCACUCCAAUACUGAUGGUUGAUGCAAACUUGACGCCUUCUUCUCUUGAAGCAUCUUGUCAAAUUGCCGCUCAGGUUAAUACUCCAGUAUGGUUUGAGCCUGUAUCAGUUGCCAAAUCUAGAAGAGUUGCUUCAGUUGUCCAGUUUUUGCAGGUAACUUUUGCAUCACCUAAUGAAGAUGAACUUGUAGCCAUGGCAAAUGCAAUAUCUGGUAGAGACAUAUUUAAACCAAUUCGGAGAGAUCAUAGUAGUGGUAAACUGUCCAAGGAAUCUUUCUUCCAAAUGCUUAAACCUGCUAUUCGGGUUUUACUAGACAAAGGUGUUAAGGUAGUUGUUGUAACACUUGGAUCAGAAGGGGUACUCCUAUGCUCCAAAGGCAAGUCCAAUCUUCAGAAACUUUCUUUCCGGGGAAACCAACCUCCUUACUUCAGUAGACGACUGUAUGAAGUUGUUCAUAAAGUUUGCCCAAAGGAUCAAAUUUUUGGUGCUUCAAUGUGCGAGCCUAUGUCAAAUCUUUUUGCUGUCCAUUUUCCUGCACUUGCUGCUUCAGUAGUGAGGCUUACAGGUGCUGGAGAUUGCUUAGUUGGCGGAACAAUAGCUUCUUUGUGUGCUGGUUUAGAUGUCAUGCAAAGUAUAGCAGUAGGGGUUGCAGCUGCUAAAGUAGUUGUUGAAGUAGAAAGCAAUGUCCCUGAUGAGUAUUGUUUGGCCAAACUAGCAGAUGAUGCAGGGUCUGUAUACUCUGGUGCCACCAUGCUUGUGUGUCAAUCCAAGCUGUAGGUCACCAGGUCACCAAAGUAUUCAAAUUCCAUUGUGUAUCUUAAUGUUCUUGCUGUAAUCUGAUCCAAAUCAGAAACGGAUCACCAAAGUUUGUGAACAAAAAAUAACUAGCUGAUGUUAUCUCAUAUUUGUGCUAGUUGAAAGUAACAAGUCCGAUAAAAUAGUUGAAAUGCAGAGUGUAGAGAGAAAGAGCAUUGUCAAAAACUCUAAUACAAAAGGGUAAAUUAAAACCUUCUACAGAUUGUAUGAA